GCGGUUGGUUCUUCCCAUCGAGUCGGGAGAAACCAGCUGCAUCGCCCAUCUCGUUAGCUACGUCUGCUAGCGAAUGUGAGCACUUAUAAGUUUUUAAACUUAAAACUCGUUUUAACGGAAUAGCCACUUGGAAAAAAAAGUUUUAAAUGACGAGAUAAAUUAACGGCGCUGCUUGGAGGAGUGGAAUUCCUCCAGACUUGUAACAUGUUUACUGUGGCAGUUUGAAAAGUUUACGACUGACGUGAGACGAGUUUUUCCUUUACUUUUUUUCAUGACGAAGCUAGCUCGUACGGAGGUGGAUGCUAACUCGCCUCCCCUGCCGCCCGACACGGCCUCACUGGACCGAGCCGAACCGUGUGCAUGCUUCCCUCGCCUCUCAAGUCACCAGCGACUCUCACCGCAGCGGAAUUUAUCUGUUUUAUUUGAUUCCAAUUCCGGACAACUGUGGCGUCUUGAGCAUCGUUAGCCGAGUUGGCGUUCAGGUACCGCUGGCUGGGAGCUAAACAUGCAUUUUUCCAUACCCGAAACGGAGGUUCGUUCUGGAGAAAAUGGAUCUACCUAUGUGGCUUACAACAUCCACGUCAACGGCGUUCUGCACUGUCGGGUGCGCUACAGUCAACUGCUGGGCCUCCACGAGCAGAUCAAGAAGGAAUAUGGCAGCAACGUGGUGCCUUCCUUCCCCCCAAAGAAGAUCUUCACGCUGACUCUCGCUGAAGUGGAGCAGAGGAGGGAGCAGCUCGAGAAGUACAUGCAGGCCGUACGCCAGGACCCGCAGCUCGGAGCCAGCGAGCUGUUCAACAGCUUCCUGAGAAAAGCACAGCAGGAGACUCAGCAGAUUCCGACAGAGGAAGUUGCUCUGGACAUCUGCCUGGCUAACGGUCAGAAGGUGACGAUCAACAUUCUAAGCUCCGACCAGACCGAAGACGUGCUGGAUGUCGUCGCCACCAAACUGGAUCUCCCCGAAGACCUUGUGGCCUACUUCAGUCUUUUCCUCGUCCGGGAAGGAGAAGAGGGAGGCCUUACAUUUGUGCGGAAGCUUCAGGAGUUCGAGCUGCCCUAUGUGUCCAUCACCAGCCUCCGCAGCUCAGAAUUUCACAUCCUCCUACGGAAAAGUUACUGGGACAUGGUGUACGACGCCGAUGUCAUGGACAACAGAGUUGGCCUCAACCUGCUGUAUGCCCAGACGGUGUCCGACAUCGAGCGAGGCUGGAUGCUCGUCAACAAAGACCAGCACAGGCAGCUCAAGUCCCUGCAGGAGAAAGGCUCCAAGAAGGAAUUCAUCCACCUGGGCCAGACGCUGAAAUAUUACGGCUACAUCAAGUUUGACCCGUGCGCCACCGACUUCCCCGAGAAGGGCUGCCAAGUCAUCGUGGGCGCCGGCAACAACGAGCUCAACUUCCACGUCAAGCUGCCCAACGAGCAGAUGAAGGAGGGCAGCUUCAAGGUCACACGCAUGCGCUGUUGGAGAGUCACGUCGUCCCAAGUGCCAAUCGCGAACGGCACCAACAACCCGUGCGGGUCGGCCAAGUGCGACGUGAAACUGGAGCUGGCCUUCGAGUAUCUGAUGAGCAAAGACCGCCUGCGCUGGGUUACCAUCACCAGCCAGCAGGCCAUCAUGAUGAGCAUCUGCCUUCAGUCAAUGGUGGACGAGUUGAUGAUCAAGAAGUCUGGCGGCAGCAUCAAGAAGAUGUUAAGGAAACGACACGACGGCUCCGUGCAGCGGCCCGACUGUCAGCCAGGUGUGAAAUCGCCCCCGCUGCUGGACUCUCCUGACCAGAGCCGCGAGCAGAUCAUCAAACUAUCGACCAAGCUGAGCUCGGUGUCCUUGCGUGGGAUCAGCGCCUCCAACUCGGCCGGCGACAUCAGCGGCGGCGAUUUCCACGGCAACUACGCUUUCGAGGGCAUCGGCGACGACGACCUGUAACGUCUCGCUAGCCCGCCCUCCCCUCCUUCCUCCUCCUUGCCAUGAUACGCCCCCCACAAAGGUCACAAGCUUUUAGGUCCCAUGUGCGUCCCCGUUGUGCCUCUGCGGGGUUCGUAGCAACCGGGCCGAGAAACAAAUGGCCGCCGUCGCGUUCGCUUCAAGUCCAUUUCUUGGUCACAGCGCGGGCGAUGUUACACAGUCAAUCGGUAGACGCGCAAAGCGUUCAUGUGACGGCGAAACGCGGAAUUCUCCGGAAAAUUGGAACGUGCCCCAAAGAGUUUUACCCCUCGCUCACGCUUUAAGCACAUUUGAAUUGGUCAAAAGUGGCUUGCAAAUUCAAGUACGACCUUGACAUACAAGUGAGCCUACUUCUGAGUUUUUUGGAGCUACAGUACAAGCAGCUGAUUUCUCACUUUGACUUUGGAACGCAAAUGUUAUGAUACAAGCGCCGAUAGGCGGGAGUCAACUCAUCUUGGCAAUAGGCAGCAGUUUGGCAGAGAGCGAGAGACGCAUCAUGCUAACGCUUCAUGGGGACACUCCCAUCCACGUGGCAGUUGCUUCAAGUCAUAGACAGUUGAACACAAACGGUGCGGCAUGUAGAGCGGCAAUCUAACACUACAUUGCCCGAAAAACCUAAGCUCCCAAAUUCGUAAAAGAUCAGCAUGCCCUUUGGCCAUUUUUGUUCAGGCGCUACUUAGCCAGCAAUGCAUUCGAUGUCGUGUGAAUGGAUGCGCCCCAAAAUGGGCCUCGUGCGCAGGUGUCCGGUGUCGUUCAGUCUUGAAGCCUUACCUUCUCGUGGUUGCCUGUCAAUCAUUUCUUCCAGUCAUCAUGAAAUUGCCUCCUCUGGCCCAGCUGCUUGCACUUUGCACACUAGCCACAAUUAGGGUGGGGGCGAAAAGCCCUUUGAGCACUUGGUCUCAUCCAACGCGUGCUGGCCGAGUGGGAGUCGAUGCUCAAAGGGCUUUCUCGGAGUCGGUGUGUGUGGCUGGCUGGAAGGUUGGAAAUUCAUUUGCUUUUUUUCCUUUUAAACAUUUUUUUUUUUGGUAAAAGGAUUGUUCAUAAAUGCCAAAUUGUAGUUUACUAAAGCAUUUUGCACAAAAAUAAACAUGUACGUCACCUUUUUUUAAAAAUUCGCUGUAUGUGCGAUUAAGUAUUCCAAACAUUUCCUGCUAAUGUCUUGUUCCAUAGAGCGCGUGUAAUCUCCAGCAGAAAUAAACUAACAGGAUGAUGAUUGGUUCUUGUUUUUAGUUGACAGAUUUUCACGUGAUUUUUAUUAUUUUUUUUCUUUCUUGCUCGUGCCAAUCAUCUCAAAGGCGCACCUCAUCUUCAUCAAUGUUCAUGCGUUGUCGGCAAACAAAGUCAACUCAGUAAAGCAUUCUUCUGUCGAGAAGGUUCCCGAAAGUGCUGCUUUUUUUGUUUGUAUUUUGUGGUGUUCUGCCAACAGCUUAAAAGAUCGAUUUCGUGGCUUUGAACUGCAAAUAAAAACAUGGCCGGAAAACGCCGCCGAUGGCAAGCGAAAACAAGACGUCUCAAUUGUAAGCAAUAGUCGAUGAUGCUUGGACAAACAAGAAUAAUAAAUGCUCUCAUCUGUUCAGGUCA